AUGUAUUUCAACCUACGCCUCACAACCACUAUCAUCGAUUUGCCCGAUCUCGCCAACUGUAACCGACUAUCCCUCACAUCCGACACUACCCUCGUGGCCCGCGACGACGACGACGACCUCAAGUUCGCUGACAAAGCCUCGAGUACCAAAGAGGUUGAGUCAUCCGGCAACAAACGGACUUUCCAAGAGGCCAACAAACGAGUACCAGCACGCGCUGCGCACGGGUAUCGUGUCGACAUACUACCCCCAACCACAACUCCAACUCAACUGCGGCCACUCUUCCUGGUCAACAAAUUCCGGACUACAACUGUAACUAAACUGCGGCCACUCUUCCUGGUCAACAAAUUUCGGACGACAACUGUAACUAAACUGCGGCCACUCUUCCUGGUCAACAAAUUCCGGACGACAACUUCACAAACUAUCACCGACCAUUCCCUUCCUGGAUCCACCCACCUCACGAACGCCUCGCUUCAGACCACGAAGAUUGCCAACUCCCUCCACAAUAGUCCAACCUUAGCUCCCAAAGACGACUUCAUCAAUGUGGAGGACGUCUUCACUCUGCCAGUGGUCGACCAAUUUCAAACGGCGUCGUCUACAAUUCCUAACCCUUCUUUUCCUGGACCGGCCCACUGGAUUGACGCUAAUGCCCCCCUUCCUGCAUUCCUCCGCCCCGCCAAUGCUAACUCUUCUCUCACUGGAUCCGCCUGCCUAUUAGCCCAAAAGACAAAGGCCGCUGCCUCCUGGCUCAAGCCUCUAAUACUUGUCACGAAACACGCUGCCGGUCGACCUACACCUCCCCUUACAGGAUAUCAGCCUGAGAAGGCCCGUCCGCACAAGCUCAAGCCACAAAAGCCCAAACCUAGAGCGUCGCGAUCAAACGCUGCCCGCGAUAGCAUUGUGCAAUCUCGCCUCCGGCGACACGCCAACAGGAUCGUUGGUCACCUUGCGCUAGUCUGUGAAGAGAUUCGCACUGGCCAAGCAGCCCUCAUGAACGUCUGGGUCGCUACCCUGGCGGAGGUUGGGUUCACCUCGACACUGUCUGGCAACCACCAAACGUCGCUGGGGUCACCGUUUCCUCCCAUAGUCGAUGCGAUUUCGGUACCAGAGCCUGGUUUGCGAAUCAAAGACCGCCUUGCGUCACUUCGCCAGCGAACAAUUGCGGUCGCAGCCACGAUUCCAGCUACCACCACCACCGCACCUUCUUCACCUUGGCGAUGCACUUCCUGA